UGAGGCUCUCUAAAGCUGCUGUGUGUCUGCAUGCAGUCUAUCGGACCUAUCUCAUCUGAAAACCCCUCUGAAUACCGAAAAACGGGAUAAAACACACCGGUUAUGGAGGCUAGAGGUGUUCUAGUUCUGUGUUUCGUCUGCCUGUGCGCGUUUAUCGGCGCGCGUGGCGACAAAAAGGACAUUUACGCGAGAGUUGUGGAUUUGGUGGCUCCAGGUGAAGAGUUCCUCACAGAAGAUGCGCUUCUCUCGGUGUUUGAACGGCUGGAGAACCGUGUGCAGUGCUCCGGUGUGUCGUGUGGAAAGCCCUGUCUCACUCUGAAGGACAUCCUGGAAGAGAGCAGCCAUCAGCACAGUGAUCACACGCACACAGAGCUGGACGCCGUGAUGGGAAACGUCCUCUAUCACGCUCUGCGUGGAGACUGCAUGAAAACACACCACCUUCCUGAGCAGCAGUACUUCCUGGAUUACAUCUUCAGCCAUUACGGCUCUGGUAAUCUCACGCUUCAUGAUUUUGAGGGGCUUCUAAAGGUUUUAAACCUGGGUGGAGAGGAACAUGACCAUGAUGACCAUGAUGCUGACGAGCACAGCACAGAGACCCACAGGCAGAGGCAUCUGGAUGCUCAUCGGACCAACAACAGCUGGGACACGGCCUGUUUUAGCGCUGGAGACCUGUUGAGGAUUCACCGGCUGAACUCUUCAUCACUGAGCAGAGAUCAGUUCACACAGAUCAGCCCUGCUCUGAUUCAGCAGAUCCUCAGCGGAGGCUGUUCUGAGAUCAGUCCCGCACCCGUCAGCCCGGAUUCACUCAGCACUGCCGAGAGAUAUGGAUACGCCACACUGGCCAACCUCAUCAUCUGUCUGAUGGCCAUGUUUGGGAUCGUGGUGCUGCUGUUCUCCGCGUGCACACGAGUGUUCGAGCUCUGCAUCCAGUUCUGCAUCAGUCUGGCUGUGGGAUCUCUGACGGGCGACGCUCUGCUGCAUCUGCUGCCCGCGUUCUUAGGCCUCCACGUUCACGAGGACGGACACGAUCACGACCAAGCCGAGGACAACUUCGACUAUGUGUACAAACUGCUGGUGCUUGUUGCGGGCAUCUAUUUCUUCUACCUGAUGGAAAGCAUCUUCUCCAUCGUUACUCGCAGAGGACAUCACCAUAAUCAUGAUGAAGAGGAGUCUGACGUUCAUCACUGUGAUCACGGCAAAGUCCUGCAGAUGUUCCAGCGAGAGAAACAGAACAAACACUCCAACUCACAGGCCGAUCUGGUGGAUGCCGAAAAAAAUGAGAAGUCCUUCCUGGAACCUGUUGGCCCCAAAAGAGAGCAGCGUAUGCUUCCCUACAUGAUCACCAUUGGAGACGGCAUCCAUAACUUUGCGGACGGUCUGGCGAUCGGUGCAGCGUUCUCCAUCUCGUGGCGGUCUGGUCUGGCCACGUCUCUGGCUGUGCUCUGCCAUGAGCUGCCGCAUGAGUUAGGUGAUUUUGCAAUCCUGUUGCACUGUGGUUUGUCGGUCAAGCGGGCUCUGCUGCUGAACGUGGGCAGCUCUCUCACCUCCUUCGUCGGUCUGUACAUCGCGCUGUCCGUCUCCACGGAAACGGUUGCUAAGGAGUGGAUUUCGGCUGUCACCGCCGGCCUCUUUCUGUACGUGGGUCUGGCAGACAUGCUUCCUUCCCUGGUUCAUGUGGACACUAAAAGACCUUGGCUGAUAUUUUUCCUGCAGAAUCUGGGACUUUUGAGCGGUUGGGGCAUUUUGCUGCUCUUGUCCUUAUAUGAAGACCAAAUAGGGCUGUGAAUAGGGAGCAUUUGUUUUUAUUUGUGCCUUGUUCCUAUAUAUCUGUCUGUGUAACUGCUGGAACAUAAGAUAUAUGUGCAAUCAGAGCAGCCCUAUGUGUUUUCAUAUGGAAUAUUUUUAGUGUUUUUAAAUUACACUUAAAUGGAAAAGCCUGCAGUUUAAAAUCAACUUUGUGCACCUUAAGGCAAAG